GUCUCGUUCUCAGAGCAGCAGGCUACAUUUCGCCUCCGUGUCGGCUACGUUAACGGCGCGUAGCCCGGAUGUGGAUGCGAGCAGGUCUCGCCUCCGUCGGUACACACACUCCCUCUCACACACUCUCACGCACACGCAGGCAACGAGCACACCUGGACGUGUCAUGUGACCCGCUACCUGGGCGUGGAGAAAGACUGACUGUUAUUUUGCCUCGAUGCUUUCUUUUUCUUGUUGAAUGGGAGGCUCAGGCUCUGCACGCGCUCUGUGCCGAAUGCUGCCCUUCUUCCUGCAAAAUGAUCUGUCCAGCCACUCACUCUGGCUUUAGUUCAGGGAGGAAAAACAAAGAGAUGGGAGAUUGGGUGCAGGUGGUCCUGUUGUUGGCGUGCGUCUCCCCGUUUUCCGUCGAGGGGACGCUUUCGGAGUUUUCCACGCUCACGAACGUCAACAAUGUAGCGCAGGACCCUGCGACAGGCCGGGUUUACCUGGGCGCGGUCAACGCCAUUUACCAGCUCGACGCUUUGCUCCGGCUGGAAGCCAAAGCAGAGACGGGGCCUAAGAAAGACGCUCGCAGCUGCACACCCCCCGUGUCCACCUCCACGUGCAUGUCUGCGGAUCUGAAAGACACGAAUAACGUCAAUAAGCUCCUUUUGGUGCACUCCGCGAACGGGUCUCUGAUAGCGUGUGGGAGCGUGUACAGAGGAAUCUGCUCCCUGCUGAACCUCAGCAAUGUGAAUCAGCAGAUCUACUACAGCGACAGUAAAGGAGAGAGGACGUACGCUGCCAGCAUCGAGGACAGCGUUUCGGUCGUCGGGAUCAUGGCCACGUUCCAGUUCAAAGACGACCCGGAGAAAAAGCCAUUCAACGUCUUUCUGGUCGGGAAGGGCUACGGCAGCCAGGAGGACAACCCGAAGCUCAUCACCACGCGCAUCCUGGAGAACUACAAGGAGUGGGUUGUGUUCGAGAGCAUCGUGGAGGCCUCGGCGGUCCAGGCCAUCCCCUUCGCACCCAAGUACCAGCACCAAUUUCGCUUCGUCUUUAAAGACUCCGGCUUUGUGUAUUUCCUCUUCUCGCGCACGCAGGGCGGGACCGACAACAAGAACUUCACGUUCGUGUCCCGUCUCUGUGAGAAAGACGAAGGUUAUUACUCCUACACCGAGCUGCAGCUGAACUGCAGCGCCAACGGUGUCCACUACAAUAAAGUCCAGGCUGCGUACGUGACCGAGCCAGGAAAGGAGCUAGCUCGCACCAUGCUGAAUUCUGGUUCGUACGGAACCAUCACGGUCUGGGAUAAAGUCCUGUUCGUAGUGGCCACUCCGGACGGCGAGAACGCGACCGACUCGGCUCUUUGCAUGUAUCCGUUAAAGCGCAUUAACGAGAGGCUGGAGGACAUCCUCAGUGCCUGCUACACGGACUACGGAAAGAUCGGAGGACGACCGGCCGUGUACAGCCCUUACAUAUCCAGCGCGGGCAACCCGUGUGCCCAUCGACAUAGCAAGGAAAUCGUGGACCAAAACAGAUGCGGAGCAGAGUUCCUCCGCUCUCCGCUGGCCAGCAGGCCGGAGUUCGCCCUGCAGGCAGAGCCGUUCUUCACCAAACAGGCUCGGGGUCAUCUGACCGCCGUGGCCAUUGCCGUGGAAAACGAUCACACGAUUGCGUUUGUAGGGAACACCAUGGGAGAGGUACUGAAGGUUCAUUUGUCAAGCAAACCAGAGGUGUACAACAGGGUUCCUGGGGACACUAUGGGCGAGCACGUGAAUAAGAAUCUUUUCUUCGACAAGACCCAGAGUCACAUAUACAUCACUACGGAGAAGAAGAUCACUAAGGUGCCGGUGCAGUCGUGCCACCAGAAGACCGACUGCAAGUCCUGCGUGGCCCAGAAAGACCCCUACUGUGGCUGGUGUGUCCUGGAGGGCAGGUGUACCAGGAGGUCAGAGUGCAGUCGAGCUGAAGAGAAGAACGGGUGGCUGUGGAGCCCCAGACAGCAGUGCGUUAAAAUAGUUUCCUUCCAUCCUCCCAACCUCAGCUGCAAGAGAUCCCAGCAGGUCGAGAUCAACAUUCCAUCGCUGCCCAGCAUCAGAGACUUUGACAGGAUCCACUGCACGAUCGGUUCAUCCAGUAGUAAAGCUACCAUGGUGGACUCGAUGGUACGAUGCAACCUGCCUCCCCCUAACCGGCUUCCUCCUACACCUCCACACCAAGAUUCGGUGGCUGUGCCGGUGAAGAUCUUCCUGAACGAGAGCGUGGAGGUAGCCUCCCGUGACUACGAGUUCUACGACUGUGCAGCAGCAGUGCGCAAAGCGGAAAAUACUCCGUGUAUAGCGUGUGUGAGCAGACCGUGGGCGUGUCAGUGGAACACUGCCGAUCACACGUGCUCGGAUAUGAAUGAUGCUGAAACAGGGCCCAAUAUUAUCAAACACAGACAGACAAAGAAAUGUCCUCGGUUUGAAAACCCAGAUCCCAUCCUGAUUCCAGUAGGAUAUAAGACUCGCAUCAGUUUUGAAGGAGUAAAUCUGGAGCCCUACAAAGGCAGGGAGUUCACCAUCGGUACAGACUUAAUGAAACAGUUUGAAGACGAUGUGAAAACUGAAGAAGGUCCAUUUUUCUCUUUCAGUGGAUACAUGUUUUCGUAUGAUAAGGCUCAAGAGACCAGCAUCCUGUUCCAUAUUAAAGACAAGUACACAGAGAAGAAGAUUGACAGCACACUAAAUGUAACGCUGUAUAACUGUUCCUUGGGCCGGGAGGACUGCAGUCUGUGUAAGAACACGGAUUUUAAGUACAAUUGCGUAUGGUGUGCUCGGUCACGCUCCUGUGUGUUUCAUAAACUGUGUCCCAGCGACGAGGAGCAGGAAUGUCCAGACCCUGUGAUCUCAGCAAUAAGUCCACGCUACGGUCCGCUGCAGGGCGGCAUCUCGGUCACCAUUAAAGGUUCUAACUUGGGCAUUCACAAGGAUGAUAUCAAGAGCAUCUCUGUAGCAGGAGUUUCCUGCAUCCACCAGGAGGAGAAAUACUCCGUUUCGACCAGCGUCGUGUGUGAAAUCGGGAAAGUGCUCCAGCGAGGCCCGCACGAAGGACUCGUGAAGGUGGAGGUCAAAGGAGAGAGGAGAAGCAAGUCCUCGGUCUUCUUUACAUACCGGGACCCCAAGCCUGAGGUGGUGCAGCCCAGACGCGGUCCCAGAGCGGGAGGAACAAUCAUCACCAUCACCGGCACUGACCUCGAUACGGCGUCUAAAGAAGACAUUGACAUCUCUGUGGGUGGAGUGGCAUGCCCAGUUGAGGAGUUUGGGAAGCAAAUCACGUGUAAAGUGGGGCAGUACAGGAACGAAAAAGUGCCCUCUGACCCCCUGCCUAUCACCGUGCGCUACGGGAAACACACCAGCAUUCAGGUGCCCGCCUUCUUCCAGUUCUCCAGUAACCCGGACAUUUCCGACCACCAGCCCAGAAGCAGCUUCGACUGCGGUGGGAGAAAGAUCAGAGUGAUGGGCUCUGGUUUCGACCUCAUCCAGAAAGCCACCAUGAUCGUGCAAGCUUCGGCUGAUGAAUGGUCUGGACUUCACACUCCCAUGGAGGUUAGUCAGGAGGCCCACAGUAAGAACGGCACCAUGCUGCAGUUCCUCUCUCCUACCGUGAACAGAUCGUACGAGAGCCAGUCCUUCAGAACGUUCAUCCAGCUGGACAACCUCAUCGAGGAACUGAAACCGUUCGAUUACCACCCAGACCCCACCUUCAACGACCUCCCGAACAGAGUCAUCCCAGAGAACAGCAUGAUCAUCGUCACGGGUCGCGGUUUUGCCAAAGCCAUGACGGCGAAGGAAGCGGAGGCGUUCGUGGGUGACGUAUCCUGUAACGUGAACACUCUUCAGGAUGAUAAGCUGUUCCUGGAUCCGCCCAGCACCACCCCGAGAUCUCGCUCCAAGAGACAGCGGAGAGACACGACAUCUGAACCGCUAGAUCUUCUGAUUAAGUUCGGUAAUGGCGAGUGGUUGGUCGGCUCUGUGCACUACGAGAGGAAGUACGAGGUGAAACUGGAUACGAUCAUCAUCCCUGCGGUUAUCGUCCCGAUGCUGCUGAUCAUCGCCAUCUCGAUCGUGUGCUACAGGAGGAAGAGCCAGCAGGCAGAGCGGGAGUAUGAGAAGGUGAAGCACCAGUUAGAGAAUCUGGAGGAGAGCGUGCGUGACCGCUGCAAGAAAGAAUUCACAGACCUGAUGAUCGAGAUGGAGGACCACACGAACGAUCUGAGCGAGGGACGCAUCCCAUUUCUGGACUACAAGACCUACACGGACCGUGUCUUCUUCCUGCCCUCAAAAGAUGGCGCCAACGAUGUCAUGAUCACCGGCAAGCUGAAUAUUCCAGAGUCCCGCAAAGCCACGGUGGCGCAGGCGCUUAAUCAGUUCUCCAACCUGCUGAACAGCAAGACGUUCCUCAUCACUUUUAUCCGGACUCUGGAGGCUCGUCAAGACUUCAACGCGAGAGCUAAGGUGUACUUUGCAUCUCUGCUGACCGUGGCCCUGCACGGAAAGCUGGAAUACUACACGGACAUCAUGAGGACGCUGCUGUUAGGGCUUAUGGAGGAGUACGUGCAGAGUAAAAACCCCAAACUCAUGCUGCGCAGGUCAGAGACGGUGGUCGAGAGGAUGCUGUGUAACUGGAUGUCGAUCUGCCUCUAUCAGUUCCUAAAGGACUCCGCAGGAGAACCUUUGUAUAAACUCUUCCGAGCCAUAAAGCAUCAGAUAGAGAAAGGCCCAGUGGAUGCACAGGUGAAGAAGGCUAAAUAUACACUCAAUGAUACAGGCCUGCUGGGGGAUGAUGUGGAGUACUCCAUGCUGACCCUACAGGUGUUGGUUCAUGGGGAGGGGCCUGACAUCACUCCAGUGAAGGUGCUGGACUGUGACACUAUUUCUCAGGUGAAAGAGAAGAUCAUUGAGCAGGUGUACAAAAACUUACCCUACUCACAGCGGCCAAAAGUGGAUAGUGUCACACUUGAGUGGCGCCCCGGCUCCACAGGGCAGAUCCUGUCGGAUCUUGACGUGACGUCCCAGAAAGAAGGAAGAUGGAGACACCUUAACACACUGGCACACUACAACGUUCGAGAUGGUGCCAUGCUAAUCCUUUCCAGGGUUUUACACACACAGCAGUCAUAUGAUCAAAACCAUGACAACCACGAGGAGAGAAACGCCCUGCUAGAGGAUGAUAAAGUGUUCCAUCUGGUCAGGCCGGCUGAUGAGCUGGAUGACGUGAAGUCAAAAAGAGGCAGCAUUAAGGAUAAGUCCAUGACCAAAGCCAUCACGGAGAUCUAUCUCACUCGUCUGCUCUCGGUCAAGGGCACGCUGCAGCAGUUCGUAGAUGACUUCUUCCGCAGUGUUCUCUGUUCCGGAACCGUGGUGCCACCUGCCAUUAAAUACUUUUUCGACUUCCUGGACGAGCAGGCCUUAAAACACGAAAACGUAGACGAGGAGACCAUCCACAUCUGGAAGACCAACAGUCUCCCGCUUAGGUUCUGGGUGAACAUCCUGAAGAACCCUCAUUUCAUCUUCGACGUCCACGUGACAGAAGUGGUCGACGCCUCAUUAUCGGUCAUUGCUCAGACCUUCAUGGAUGCCUGCACUAAAUCGGAGCACAAACUCAGCAGGGACUCCCCAAGCAACAAACUCCUCUAUGCAAAGGAGAUCUCCACAUACAAAAAAAUGGUGGACGAUUACUACAAAGGGAUCCGACUCAUGGUGCCAGUCAGUGACCAAGACAUGAACACGCACUUGGCUGAAGUGUCACGGGCCCAUACCGACAAACUGAAUACACAAGUUGCCCUCCAUCAGCUGUACCAGUACGCCAGCAAAUACUAUAAGGAGAUCAUCCUGGCUCUGGAUGAAGACCCCGCAGCUCAGUGUAAGCAGCUCACGAUGCGACUCCAGCAGAUCGCCGCCGCUCUCGAGAAGAAAGUGACGGAUCUCUAACCCGUCCACAGAGGAGAGAGACGGACCGAGAGAAAGAGACCGACGUGGGACGAAAAACCCGCCACCGGUCAACGUCGGACUCGAGUCUCUGGGACGGAAGAAGGCCCGGUUAAAGAAUAAAUGUCCCUUGGUGUGUAAUUAGCAUAUAAAUAUAAUCAGAUGUUGAAUUUCUUCAUGUGUAGAGAAAAAACAAAACAAAAAAGGUUUUAAGAAUUGUAUUAUAUAUUUUUUUUAACGUGCAGUCUUUAUGCGGAAAGCUUUAUAAGGAAGAAAUAUCUUUUUAAACUGACAGCCUUGUGUUGAUUUUGUUUAUAAAGUCUCUGUAUAAACGUGAGGCGCGCGUGUGUGUGUGUGUGUGUGUGUGUGUGUGUGUGUGUGUGUGUGUGUGUAAGAUGACUGCUAAUUGCUCACACACAGGAUGCCUAAAUUCUGACCAAAUGGGAGAUGCUCGGUCAUUGGUAUUGUGCACUGGUGUGUGUGUGUGUGUGUGUGUGUGUGUGUGUGUGUGUGUGUUUGUUCACCUUGGAAUCAUGACUAAUGCAUUGUUCAGCCAAACACCAUCGUCAGAAAGCACAUAGACGGUUUUCCCAGCAGGGCUUGCUCGUGUUUUUCUAUUGAUUCAAAUCUGCUGAGCUUUUGGUGCCACCUUAGAAACCUGAGGAUACACCGGAAAAGCCAGCAGCAGCAGAGCACUUCCUGUCCAUACCCUUAAAUCAUCAUCAUCAACAACAACAACAACAAGGAAAAAAGCACAGACGAGAUUUUGUUUAGGCAAUAGUAUUCCCAACCGAAAAGUCUCUCAACACAAGGCAUGUCAUUUUUUUCUAAAAAAACAAAACAACAACAACGUUCCUUUAUUUAUGUACAGCCAUCGUUCUCGUAUCAGGAUUGACGCUUAUUGUUGUCUGUCUGUUCAGUGCACAGUUUCAGUCCGUCUCAGAAAUACAGCAGACGCUAACGUUUUAUGGUGCAACGUACUAAAAGCUGAUGGCAAUUCAUUCCCGUCAUGAUUACAGCAUGCCUGUGUUUCCUCGAAGAAUUGCCUCGACGCGACCGAAUCAAACGCUCCGCUGACUUUUUUUAAUAUAAGCUCGUCCUAAUAUCAUAAAACCGCUCGACCGGGGCUGGGUUUCGUCCAGGACAUGAGUUUCAUCCAAAAGCACCCCCGAAUCUCUUCCGGCGCUCCGUUGAAGACCGUUUUCCGACCUUUUGCCAGCAAGCACACGAUUUUGAGGGCUGAUCGACUUUUUGUCCUCUCGUCGCUUUCGAGUCUUAGCGUCUUACAGCGUCGUGCGGAAAUGAAUCCGCGACGGAGACGGGCACUUAGGCACGAGCACAGGUGGGUGCGUACGGCUCGGUACUAAACCUAAUGGUACUUUUCAAAGCGAUUUGAAUGUGUUUGCAUCAUGUGAAUCGUACAAGAAGAUUCAAUAACGCCUGCUGUGUUUGUUUUUUUUAUUAUUUAUUUUUACGUUUCAGUAUUUGUACUCAUACCUCUAGAUGUCGGAAAUAUAAGCACCAAAUACUGCAAUACACACAAAAUCCUUCUCACUGUUGUUGAGUACUAUGAGCUUUUAAGGUAGCCUCCCCCCCUACCCAUCUAUGAAGCUGUUCAGUGUUGCUUUCCUGGUUGAUCCAAGAUCAGUUUUUUUUUUAAUACUCAAUACUGACUGAGAUUUAGAAUUUUGGUCAGUCAAAACUGCUUCUUGAUCACGACAAAUCCCUUUCUCUCUCUUUUUUUUUUUUUUUUUUUUUUUUUCUUCUUUAAUCCUCUUUUUGAGCUGUACCUCUCAGGGCUCGUCUUGGCCCUGAUUUUACUGCCAGUCGGAUACAUUUCGGUCUCUGAAUAGUGGGAGUUCCUCUUUGAAGUAAUGCUGGUCUGUUUUGUCGCCGAACAGUGUGGAGCGUCGUGAAGAAGCCUUGUGGCGCUUGGCACUGCCCACUCAAUUCCCCGGCGCUGUAAUGAAAGCAGCGGGAGCCGUGUUUGAUCUUAAUUGCAUGUGGGCUGCUGACACCGUGCUUUUCAACACACACACACACGCGCGUGCGUUAUUCCUCAUUUUUCCAUUUCCGCUCGCAACCGGAGACCAAGCCCUUAUCCCUUAAAUAGCUCAAUGUAAAGCUUCUUCAGCCUUUCUUUCACCAGAAUGUGCCUUAAACGAUAAGUGUUACACCUUUUUUUUUUUGUUUGUUUGUUUGAUGAUAUUUGGUGAUAAUGGCGAGUUUUAGUCUUAGGGCGUUUGCAGUGUAUUUGCAGCCGUGGUGUCGAGUGUAAGUAGGAUCAUUUUGUGCCGUAGUCACAAUGUGCCAAUAGGCUAAUCAAAUAAGAGAGAAAAAGGCAGUUUUUGUAUUAGUGUGCAUCUUUGGGGUGUCUAUGGCUUGUGUUGGUGUGGAUGGGUGAGUGUGUGUGUGUGUGUGUGCUUUUGUACUGUAGUUGUAUUGGAAACAAGCUUAGUCUGAACUAAACUAAGCUGUGGUGAAUGUAAAAUAAUUUCCUCCCCCCCCAAAGCAUCUGCGACUUUGCUUUUAUUCCUCAUCCGAAAGGAGAAUCUUCAAUAGAAGUGUUGAGUAGCACAGGGUGUUUCACUGUUGUGUUAUCCCUUAGAGCUAUAAUUUGUUUCUAUGCUAUUCCAUAGUGUGUAUGAAAAAUAUCUAUACUCGAUGACCUUCUUACUGCUGUGCAGUUAUUUUUAUUCUUUCAUGUCUUAUGAUAUUAUAUGCCUUUGUAUCAACAGAAAAGCAAAUCUGUCAACAAUGUAUUCUUGUGUAAUAUCCUAUGCAUUUGAAGUCCUGGAAAAUGGCGAUUGUUGUGCUGUUAUCAAGAUGUUAACUUCCCGUCCCCACCUUCCUCACCCUUCCUUGUGGUUGUAUAGUGAACCAAGAAAUCCUGGGACUCUUAACGUACAGUAAGGCGGGAGAAUAAAGAUUAGCCGUGGCUCUUUCAGGCCUGGCACCUCAGAAGAGUUCUAACACGCCUAAUCUGUUUGUACUGAAGUGCUCGCCGCUCAGCAAGGGUCAAGGCCUGACUAAACACCUUGCGCCCUUACAUCAAUAAAGAGACACUUCCAUUUCA